AUGACUCAACAGAGAAAGUGGGAGCAAGACAAGCUGCUAACCAGCAGAUUCCUUCCUGUUGCAGCCAUUCUGGCGUCGAUCUCGCCACAGACAGAACCUUGGAAGGUAAUUGGUCAUAACACUCUCGAUAAAAACGAUCUGGUGCCGGACCCGGCUGACAAUCCCCAACCUCGUGGGCGAAGCUGUCAUCUGGGAAUAGAGAAUGCAGGUCUCGACUGCUCGAUUCUCAAAAUGUUUCAGGGAUCUCAUGUCUCCCUCUUCGCAUGA